AUGAUUGGUGACGCAGUAAGGAAAGCUUGGGUGGUGGCCGCUACCAUCGGGUCGGUUGAGGCAUUGAAAGAUCAAGGCGUUGCACGGUGGAACAGACCUCUGACGAAAAUUUCUUAUUGUUCGUCGGCGGUGAUUACAAAUGGUAAAUUCAGAGUGAAGAGAGGAAAAGAGGAAUCAAUGAAGAAAGCCAUGGAUAUGAGUUGCUUUGGUCCAAAUACUGUAAAAGAGGAUACAUGCCGGCAUUUUCACCAGCUGAAACAUCGAAUCAUCUUCGUUGUUGCUGUCGCCGGCGGUCAAACAUGACGGUCCGAUGAUUUUGUUGUGUAGAAGCGAUUGAGAAACGGAGGUUGAUUGUGGAGGCGACGACUGCGAGUUCGUCGGAUUCGUACAACUGGUAAAA